AUGGUCGUCCUCAAAUCCCUAACUAUAGCCUGCCUGGCUACCCCCAUUCCGAACGCCUCGGCACUUCUCGCAUUUCCCGGGGCUGAAGGGUUUGGCCAAAACGCGGUUGGUGGUAGAACGGGGUCGGUUUACCAUGUGAUUGGCGACUCUGGGGAAGGAUCCUUCCGCGAUGCCGCGUCGAAGUCAAAUCGCAUUGUCGUCUUCGACGUUGGCGGAACCGUUAAAAUCACCGAGCGGGUCGUAGUUUCGAAGAAUAUUUAUAUUGCUGGUCAGACAGCCCCAGGCAAUGGAAUCACGAUCUACGGCAAUGGCCUAUCGUUCUCCAAUGCUAACGACGCCAUCGUGCGUUAUAUCCGAUUCCGUAUGGGUAAAGGCGGCGAUUCUGGCAAAGAUCAUGUGUCGGCCACCUGGGGCCGGGACGAGACUUUUUCUAUAAACGGAGCCGUGCACAACGUAACGGUACAGAACACGAUCAUCGGUCAGGGCCUACAAACCCACUCAUGCGGUGGACUGAUGCAAUCAGACUUUGGUAUUAGUCUCUUCAGAAACCUGUACAUCGACAACAAGACGAGAAACCCCAAGGUCAAGGGCAUGAACGAUUUUCAAAACAAUGUCGUUUACAACUGGGGAGGUGGUGGUGCUUACAUCGCUGGCGACAGUGACGGUCAGAGCUAUGCCAACAUCAUCAACAACUAUUUUAUCUCCGGGCCCAGCACGAGCGUAUCCGCAUUCACGCGGGGAAACGCCAAUUUCCACGGCUACGUAUCGGAGAACUACUACGACAGCAAUAAAGAUGGCACGCUCAAUGGGUCUCCCCUCUGCGUCCAGACCAGCUGUUACAGCGACAUGGAUAUCCAGAAGACGCAGUUCGACUAUCCAGGCCCAGAACGUCUGAUGGCGGCGCCCGAUGCCCUGACCUACGUCCUCAGCAACGUCGGUGCCAACUUCCCUGGGCGCGACGAGAUCGACAAAGGUCUCGUGGCGGAAGUGCAGAGCUUCGGCAAGAAGGGCGAGCUGAUCAGCGCUGAGAACGCGGGCUCUUUGGAUAACUCGAAAGGAAACGUGGCGACGGACACGGAUGGAGAUGGGAUUCCGGACGUGUACGAGGAUGCACAUGGGUUGAAUUCUCGAGAUGCAAGCGACGCGAUGAAGAUUAGUAGUUCUGGAUAUGCGAAUAUUGAAGUGUAUCUUAACUCUCUCGUCCCCUCUUCAUAA